GCAUAUGCCUGUAGCCUUCUCCAGUCGCCCACUAACACCUUUGAGAGCUGCAUCUCAUGUACAGGACUCUUGACAGAGCCGUCUUCAUGGUGCGGUUUCAUGACUUCAUUCUUUAGGAUGAAGAAUGUAAAGAUACCUCAUUUGCCACAGCUUUUUGUCUUUGUGCACGCCUGCUUUGCACAAGCAGACUUUGCCCCUUACUUCUAUGACAACGGACCCUACAGCCACAAUGGGAACCUGGCACUGUUCAGCCUGUCAGAGGACACGCCUGUCGGUACACAGAUCUAUUGUCUCAAUGGCACAGACCCUGAAGGCCAGGAGGUGAGGUAUGGCCUGUCCUUUGAUCCAGGGUCCAAAGAGUACUUCAGGGUUGACCCCCAAACUGGAAAUAUCACACUGGUGGAAAAGCUAGACAGAGAGAAACAAGAUUCUAUUGAUGUUCUUGUCAGCAUCACAGAUGGGCGAAGCAAGGUUGUGGAAAGAGUCACAAUUUUUGUCAUGGAUGCAAACGAUGAAAAGCCUGAAUUCCAAAACAUGCCUGCCUUCAUUGAUGUGCUGGAAACAACUGAGCCUGGCAGCAGCAUCUACAAAGUAGAGGCAGUGGACAGAGACACAGGCUCAGGGGGCUCAAUUACCUACUACCUUCAGAAUCCUCAGUCCACUUUGUUUACCAUUGACAGACACAGUGGUGUGCUUCGUAUCAAAUCUGGGGGAAUGUUGGAUUAUGAGAAAACAAAGACACACUUUGUGACUGUCAUUGCAAAGGAUGGUGGUGGUAAUUUCAAUGGCAAGGAGCAGUUUCUGUCAUCCUCUGCUACCCUGACAAUCAAUGUGAUCGAUGCACAAGACACUCCACCAUCUUUUAUUGGGACACCAUAUUUUGGCUACGUUUAUGAAGUCUCAGUGCCAGGAUCUGAAAUAUUCACUGUCAUUGCCAAAGAUGGUGAUGUGGGAAAUCCAAAUCCAAUUCGUUAUUCCUUUGAUGAUGGGGAUGAUGGCGUUUUUAGCAUCAAUAAAACAAGUGGAUGUAUCACCCUGCUGACUCUCCCCAUUUAUCUGAAGAGAGAGAUCUUUAACAUUAAAGUCAGGGUAAGUUGAAGGGAGGACAAGGAAGUAAGACUGAUGGACUAUGGGGUGACCACAGUGGUAAUCCGUGUGGUGGACCUGAACAAUAAUCCACCCACUUUCUACGGGGAGAAUGGCCCACAGAACAUGUUUGAGUUGACCAUGUACGAACACCCACCCGAGGGAGAGAUACUCCGGGGGCUGAAAAUCACUGUCAAUGACUCCGAUCAGGGUGCAAAUGCUAAAUUCAAUCUGAGACUGAUUGGACCAGGCAGUAUGCUGCGAGUCGUCCCUCAGACUGUGCUUAAUGAGGCCCAAGUCACAAUCUUAGUAGAAGAUUCUGCUGCCAUGGACUAUGAAAAACAUCAUUUUCUCACAUAUAAGCUACUUGCAGUUGAGAUUGAUACUCCAGAGAGAUUCAGCGCCACAGCAGACAUUAUCAUUCACCUCCUGGACACCAAUGACAACGCUCCCAAAUUCUCCUCAGAUUACUACAUUGCCAGAAUUCCAGAAAACUCACCCGGUGGCUCCAAUGUGGUGUCAGUCACGGCAACAGAUCCAGACUCAGGACCUUGGGGUGAAGUCAAGUACUCUGUCUACGGAUCAGGGGCUGACUUGUUCCUAAUCCAGCCUGCAUCUGGGAUCAUCUACACCCAGCCGUGGGCAAGCCUGGAUGCAGAGGUGAGGUCCAAGUAUAACUUCUACGUGAAGGCGGAGGACGCGGAGGGGAAGUACAGCCUGGCUGAGGUCUUUGUGACAGUGUUGGACCUGAAUGACCACCCCCCUGCUUUCAAUGACAACUUCCUGGAGAAGACCAUGGUCAUUGGAGCACCAGUGAAAAUAGAAGCUGUGGACGAUGAUGCAGAGGUACCCAACAAUGUUAUAGAGUAUGCCAUCAUGAAAGCUGAGCCAGACAACAACAUCUUUGACAUAAAUGCCGACACCGGGGAGAUCAUGCUCAAGUCCUACAUCAAGUCAAUGGCCAUCAUUCAGAACAUCACCAAGCAGAGAGACUUCACCUGGUCCCUGGUGGUGCAGGCCAGAGACCGAGGCCAGCCGUCCUUCAGCACCACUGCGGUCGUCAAGAUUGACAUCACUGAAGCUACUCAACUCAAAGGGGGGCCUUUGGGAUCAUUUUUAAUGCAGGGUAGAAACAAGCCUUUGCAAAUCCUAGGCAUUCUUGCUGGUGUCAUAAGUCUCAUGGUCAUAGUCACAGUCAUCAUCUCCACUGCAACAUUCAUGCGCAACAAAAAGUCCAACCGGAUCCUGCCUAACCGCCGUGUAAGGAGGAGGCCGCGGAAACAACACACUUGGAACUUGAAAAACCCCUUCAAAGCACCAGAAAAUGCUGGAGAGAAAUUUAGAGUCGAAGAGGAAGAGCGAGAGCCCGAGGUCAUCGUGGAGAACAUCAACCAUAACAACAAUGUUGUUAGAAACUGGCCUCCACCGCCCUGUGCCCCAUCUCUGCCCCCUCCCCCACCCCCCUACAUCCCAGGGCAGAGGCAGUGGGCCAUACCCACCAGCUCCUCAACAGUGGCACCCAAACCUAAAAAGAAGCCAGUGAUCACCAGACAGGACUCUGUGAACAAAGCACUGGUGUCAGAGCUCAAGAUGAGACUGGAGCAAAAGAGGAUGCUGGAACACCGAUAGUGCUUGACAAAACAAUCUCACCUCAAGGUCUGUUUAGUGGCUGUUAUCAGCAGGUGAAGAUAAUGCCCCGUUGUCAUGGAAAUAUAGAUGUUCACAUUUCCAUUUUUUGCAGAACUUGAGAAACUAGAUAAACAGAAAUUUUAAAAUGGAAAUUUGAACGUCCUCAUUUCUGACAAUUGGGCAGACACGAUUGAAGAUUAUGAAGAUUACUACCGUAAUUUCCGGACUGUAAGCCGCUACAAGCUUCAUGCCACAAAAACAUUUAGACACCUGUGGCUUAUAGACAAGUGCGGUCUGUAUAUGUACUUUUUUUUUUUCUUUUUAAAUUUAGUGGGUGCGGCUUAUAGUCAGGUGUGCUCAAUAGUCCGGAAAUUACGGUAUAUAUUGUUUCCUAAGCCAAGACUGGGCAUGAUAGUGCUUUGUGUGUGUGUGUGUGUGUGUGUGUGUGUGUGUGGCUAAGGUAUUCCUGACAUUGUGGGGACGUAAGUCUGUUUAUACAGUCACAUUAUGGGGACUUGUCUUCCUGGGACAAAAAACAACCCCCAAUAAAGUAAAUCAUUAAAUGUUAAGGUGAAGACAUGCUCUAAGAUUAGUGUAAGGGUUAGGGUCAGGUAAGUAGCACUUAUGAUUAAGAUUUAAGUAAGUCUCCAGGAAAUUAAUGUAAGUCAGUGUAGUGUCCCCUGAAGCCACAAAGACAAGAGUUUAUGUGUGUUUGUAUGUGUGUGUCCAUGUGUGUGUAUGGGGGGGUGACUGUUUUCAGGAAGUUUAAAUACAAUAAAACACCUGACAGCUAAAUUCCUAAUAAUGUCAUUUUAUAUAAUGAAAAAAAUAUGAUAUAAAAUUCUUUAUGUUUUCAUUUCACAACCAUUCAUUGUUUGUCUGGUUCAAGUCUCUGUGUUAUUUUAUAACACAUAUAUCCCACCUUUUGAACCAUUUGCUGACAAACUUGUGGCUUAAAGUUCUUCAACCCAGAUCCCUUGUCUGGAAUGAAGUCAUUCAGAUUUCAACAAGCAGGACUGUUUAUUUGGGAUACAACCAAGCUCCUUACAAGAGAUUUCAUGACACUUGAACUGACUAAAGAGAUCAGCCUGAGGGAAGGGCACCAGAGUGAUCACGUUAGGAAGACCUUUAAUCCCACUGCGCAGGUGUAAAGCACUGUUUAGAGCCCUGUUAUGCAGCAGUCACAAUAUGCAUACAUUCUGAUUUAAGGAACUGUGUUUCAUAUGUUUACUGUAAAUGUGGUGGUAUAUCUGUUUCAACUGGUGUCUUUUUUGGUCAAAA